AUGAUCUCUCAAAGUGUUUUAUAAUGUCUCGAUACUCAUAGCAGAAAGUUCCCAUAACUUUAAGGCUCCAUUGAACUAGUAACUGGUACCUACAAGGAGAAACUCUGGCAUUAGCUUACAGAUGCUCUUCUCAAUUAUACCAAUGAAAGAAUUUUUGAUGAGGGCUAGGAUCUCAUUGAUCUUUAUAAUGUCCUGAUUAAGGAUCUUACAGUCAGAGUUAAUCCCUUGAAAUAUGCUCUUAUUACUAUCAGUGUUUCAAGAUAAUUCACUGACUUGGAGUAAUCAAUUGAAUUCUUGGAUGCAGCUAAAAACAGACUAAAUGGUAAACAAGAUGCAGUAUUCUUGUGUCAAAUUGGAAAAGCAGAGAAAAAGCUCUAACUCGGUUUACAUCAUGAUUGCUUCGAGAUUUUAAAUGAGGUUAAAAAGAGUCUUGAGUAAUUGUCGGAUGUUGAUCCAAAAGUUUAUGCACAUUUAAGCAAGACAUUUGCCUUGUAUUACAGAAGAAAGGAGGAUCAUGAGAAUUUUUAUAAAAGCAGUUUACAAUAUUUAGCUUAUACACCAGCUUCAGAGUUAUCUCAUGAAGAGAAAAGAGAUUGGUCGAUUAAAAUGGGUAUGUCUGUCUUACUUGGUAAAAAUAUCUAUAAUAUUGCUGAGCUACUUGACAAAGAGAUUCUUUAAUCUCUUAACGGAACAGACUUUGAAUGGUUAAAUGAACUACUUUAAAAUUUAGGAAGAGGUUUAAUUACUGAGUUUUCAAACGCAGUGAAUAAGCAUCACGAGUACAUCACAAGAUUCUCAGCAAUCAACAAAGAGCUUCAAAACCUCCAAAUGAAAGUUAAAAUCAUUAACUUUUUAGAGCUUUUAUUUGCUUGCGAUAAGGAUGACAGAAGUUUGAAAUUUGAUAGAAUCGCUUAAUCAUGUCAAAUUUAAGUUAAUGAAGUUGAAUUCUUGAUUAUGAAAGCAAUGAGUUUAGAACUUGUUAAGGGCUAAAUAGAUGAGGUAGAUCAAGUUGUUCACAUCGAUUGGAUUCUUCCUAGAUAUCUCAGCAGAUCGCAUAUUGAGAUAAUGGUAAACAAAAUCUAACUAUGGGAACAAAAGAUGGAAGAAGUUAUCAAGCAAGUAGAAGGAUAAUCAGAGGAGCUACUAGGUCAUUGA